AUGUCAAGAAUUCUUGUUACCUCUUCUUUGGCUUCACAUAGAAAGUACAUAAUCAUGGAAGAGAUUCUUAAGAGAUUGGAGUUGUUAGCAAAUCAAAUUGGAAACAUGAAUUUAGAAAACAAUGUUGUUGAGGUGAAACCAUCAGAAAUGUUGUUUGUUAAGACUUCUCUGCCGGAUGAACCUGAAGUUUAUGGUAGAGAGAAUGACAUGGAUGCUGUAAUGAAUGGGAUUGGAAAAACUACCCUUGCUCAAACCCUUUUCAAUGAUGAUGAAGUGAUGAAGAUGUUUGAACUUAAGGUGUGGGUGUACGUUUCUGAUAAAUUUGACGCCAUGGCUGUGACAAAAACCAUUCUUCAACAAGUAGCUCCGGAUGAUGCUCGUAAUGACAUGGAUUUGAAUUCGCUUCAAGUCAAUUUGGCAAAGAAGUUAAUGGGAAAAAAGUUUUUGAUUGUUCUAGACGAUGCUUGGGCGAAUGAUUAUGUUCAGUGGAAGGAAGUGAUGAAGCCUUUCAAUAAUGGGGUAAAAGGCAGCAAAAUAAUAGUAACAACAAGAAACAAGACAGUUGCGGAUAGCAUUGGAACCGUUGAUCCACACUAUCUUAAACAAUUAUCAAAAGAUGAGUGUUGGGAACUGUUUGCGAAACACGCCUCUCGUGGAUAUCUUGAUAUGUUUAUUGAGAAUCCAAAACUAGAAAGAAUCGAGAGAGAAGUUGCUAAGAAAUGUAAUGGCUUACCUUUAGCUGCUAAAGUUCUAGGAGGGCUCUUGAGAUCGACGUUGAAUGCUGAGAGAUGGGAACAAGUAGCAACGAGUAAUAUUUGGGAGAUGACUGAUAAAAGGAGCAAGGUUCUUCCUGCGGCCUUAGAAGUGAGCUACCGCUAUCUUCCUGCACACUUGAAAAAGUGUUUUGCUUAUUGUUCACUAUUCCCAAAAGGUUGUGAAUUUGAAAGACAGGAACUAGUCUUAAUAUCCUCACAAAGAAGUUGUUCUCCUAAGGAAGUCUGGGAUUGA